UUGAAUGUCUUGGAUGUACUCAGAUUGAUGAGAUGAUCACUCGAUUUUUACAGGCGUUGGAAACUAUGAGAAGGCAGAGGCCACGAUGAAAAACUCCACCAAUACCCUAAAUACAGCAUCAAAAGAGGAAUAAUGUCGAUAUACAACGGGACUGGAGAAACGGGCGUAAAGGACUACACCUAUGUACGGGUUUGUGCGUCGACCAUCUCCUUCAUAAUAUUGGCGUUCUUCAACAUCGUCAUUAACUGGACUAUAGUGCGCGAGGAGCGACUUCGGAGCCAUGCGCGCUUUGUGUUAGUUUUUCACCUGUUGAUGUCAGCUCUGGUGUACUUUGGGAUGUGCUCUGUUUUCUACCUCCAGAUUUACCUCGGUGCCAGGCUGGUGGCAUCCACCUGUUUGGCCAUGGUAACUGUCCUAAUCACCAGCGCGUCCAAUAUUCUCCUGACUCUCACUGCUAUGGCGCUGGACCGUUAUUUUGCCGUCUGUCACCCUAUGCGGUACAGUUCUGCCUGGCACUGGCCCUGGCUAGUUGGACUACUGACGUGGGGGCUCGCGCUGGUUAUUCCCCUCACUCUGCUCCCCAAGACGGAGCGGGACGCCACCGGUCCAAAUGGGGAAUGUGGCCGGGAACAGCUGAAGAAAGGCGAACUGAAAAAAAUAUUGCUGAUAUCUGUGUGUACGGUGCUCAUUCUGUACAGUUAUGUAAGGAUACUGUUUGAGGGGCGACGGUUGGGAGUGACAAAUAGACGCAAUAUAGUCGGAUGCAAAACCAUCGCCCUACACGGUACUCAACUCGCGGUGUACAUCCUUCCCAACUUUGUGCUAACAGUUAUCCAGAAACAAGAACACCUUCAGUCGGGGACCAAAGAACUGUCAGCGGUGGUUAGCUUUGCCUUCUUUAGCUUGGCGCAGUGCAUCGCACCAAUCGUCUAUGGUUUGCGUAAAGAGGAACUCUUGGAACAGGUGCAUCGCCGGUUCCCUUGUUGUUCCCGCCACCUGAAAAGCGUUCUCGAGUGGACGGUGCGUGCCACGACGCCUCGUCUGCAUCCCCAGCCACGGGAAAGAACAUUGACAUCUCAGACACUCAUCUCAUUGGAACCUCCACAGACACCAGUAUAAGGGAAGGGGGAGCCCUCCCUACCAACUCAACUACUCCUAUAACAGGCUGGGCUAAAGACGUUUUGUACCAGACUGAUACUGCCACCCAAAUGCCAUGGAGACACUGGUGGAAUGGAGGGUGUAGCGACUAGACAACACAACACAUUUGGGAGCAUAUUGUAUAUCCAUACAGUGUGGAUUCACCCUCUUUUGCUGAUUCAUUCAUACAGUAGUUGAAUAUCCAGCAUCUGCACAAAGCUAUGAAAGUGCUUCUGUUCUACCCAGGAUCUAGUGACUUUAUAGGCAUGGGCAUCACUAUGAACAUACCGCCCCCAGACCUGUAUUAUGUUAACUGUACAGUGUCAGAGAGGAGUCCAACAAGGAUUUGACUGAAAAUAUACAGUACAAAACAGUGGUGUAGCCAGAAAUUCGUUGAUGGGUGGGCCCCAAAAAAAUAAAUGUUUUCCUGCAAUUCUACACAAUUUGCCACAGAGCAGAGGAAAAUGUAUAGUUUUAUAGCUCAUUUCAUUCUAUUCUACACAUUUUGCCAUGAGGCUGAGAGAAAAUGUAGCAUUUUUAAAGCUAAUUGAAGCAACAACAAAAAACAUAGGUGUGUUGAUUGUGAUAAAGGCACUGGAUUAUGAGUUGUCUUGUAUGCUAAAUUAACAAAUGAAACAGAUCGUGACAUGGUGUUUAUAUAGCCAUAGAAGCACAGUGACAUUAUGCCCCAAUGCAGUAAUAUUUGUGGCUUAUUGGGGGUGUCGCUUUCAGUUAGUUAUUUUUGGCACUCCAUUCCGUGAGAGUGAAUUCCAGUUAAUCUGUUGUUAAAUUUAAUCAAAUCUGACUAACCCAGUGCACUGCUUGCUAUGAGUUCUAUCUUAUGGUGUUUGCAAGUUUAGAUAAAAAUACAAAUAAUGUCCCAUUUGGAACACAGACAAGUAAAGAGCAUUUUUCCUCAAUCUCAUUGGGUGGGCUGGCUCCCUCGUGCCUACACCCCUAGUACAAAACCACCAAGACACCAGAAUUGACUGCAUGAGCAAUAUGCAAUAUAGCCUACUAUGCAAGAGUUUAUUCAAUAAUGAUAAUUGAAGCAGCAAUUACUUUUUGUGUGAGAUAAAGUCGAGACAAUACCUAUUACUUGAGAUGAAAAUAUUCAAAUGAAUUCAAAAUAGUUGAUAUUGUGAACAGCAUGUGAUCUGGAGCAGUAGCAACUCUGUGGUUGAGCUCGCUUCACUUCAGUUUGUCAGACUUGGUGCUCACUGUUCUCUCAGGCAAGGGGAAAUUCUCAACGGCAAACCGCAAGAGUUCCUCAUUACUAGUGCAGCAGUUAGCCUACAUGCAAAAACACAACCAAACUUUGGUUUGUAGUGCACAUUCAAAGGGGAUAAAGCAGGGUAUAGUGUUUGAUAGACACAUAAUCAGUCUUCACACACCACAGCUCAUUCCUGUAAUUGCCUGGUUAGGUUCGGUAAACGAGGAUGUUGAUGAAGUGAAACUAAGAUUAAGGUUUAGAUGAGUGGACUGGAGGGGUUUCACUGCACCGACCCACAUUACACAUGGUUUUACUCCUGGACUAUAAAGUGCUUUUAAUGAA